GUCCCAGCAUUCCCAGGCAAGUCCCGGGUCUCAUCAUGGCAUGGAGAUGGGUUUUCUUAGGAUCCAACUGGGAUCUUUUCCCACACACAAAAUUUAACACUUGGUCUUGUCCCCAAAGGGAUAUGGAGAACAGACUAUGUCCUUCCUAUGCACAGCUGCCUCUUGCAUGCUUAAAAAUUGUUCCUGCAGCUUCCCCUCAGCUGGCUGGUCUUUAAAGGGAUGGCCCUGCUCUUCCAGCUGGAUCCUGUGGAGCUGUGCAACUCCACACCCUUCCCACCCUGGCCAGCUGACACCUCCCAGCACUGUGCUGAGCCAUCAGGUAGCUUCCCACAUCAGGCAGAGUGAUGGCUGUGUUUGCCCAGCCUGCUCGAACAUGUGCUGCCAGGGUGAGCCUCAUGUGCCCGUCCCUCGAGGGUCUCCCGGGCUCUGCACUGACCCUCCUGGAGGAGCUCCUGUCCCAGGCUUCAGUCCCUCAGCUGCACUGCUGCUGUUUGUUACCCUGAGAGGGGUUGGGUUUCGGUUUCCCCUCUGCUGGUUUCAGCUUGCUCAGCCCUGGACAUGCCAUCCAGCUGUCUGUCUAUCUGUCUUCUGCAGUCCCACGAGAAGCAAGAGUGGCUCCUGCAGAGCCUGGUAUCCCUGUAGGAGACAGGGACAUUUGCAUUGUCCUUCUGGGCAAGCAUUUUUUAUCUCUGAACCGUGUCAAAACCAUUCUGAUUUUCCAUUCUGGUCUCCAGUGCUCUUUGGUGUCAACUGCAGCUGUUAGUGAGCAGCCGCUCUGCCCCAUCCCUGAGGUCCCCAGCAAAUCAGUGAUGGGGACUGGCCCUCACAAACAGCCUGACAUGUGCCACUGCUUCUGCACCGCCUCUGCUCCCAGCUGGGAACAGCGUCUGGGGCAGUGUCCCCAGUCCGGCUCAUGCCUCAGUCUUUCUGCUUUUUUUGACAAAAUUUGUCUGUGGCAAGCUGGAGCUGGCACUGCUCUCCCCUCAGUGCCUCUAGUGCUGUCCUCAGCUGCUGGACUUGAAGAAGCAAACCUGGCCUUGGUGCACAGGGGUCACACGUGCAAGUGGCUCCUUGUGCCCUGGCUGGUGCCCCCCGGGCUGUGCAACAGUGCUGUGCCCUGGCAGGGUGGGAGACCCUCCAGCACCAGAAGUAAUGGACUGGCAUGAGCUUGAGCAUGACUGUGGUGGCCCUGCACCAACACCACUAGCACCUCUGAGGGCUUCGCCCCCUGUGCCUGCAGCUCUGCUCCCAGCACGGCCACAGAGAGGGUGCUGCUGGCAGAGCAGACCUGGAGUACUCUAGUGCCAGGCGGCACAGGACACAAUGCAGGCACAUCAGCUGUGCCAUAUCCCAUGCUCCAUGUGGCAGCAGCCCCAACAGCCUGCCCUGCCCCACACCGGGGCCUCCCUAGUUUCUCGGGGGUUGUUUUUCUUCCUACCCCAUCCUCCCAGCAUGCCAGUAGCCACAAGGGCAGGACAUGCCGCCUAUCUGAUAGGAGCAGUCUCUCUUGGCACUGCGGCCAGCAGCAGAGGGGCUGUGGCAUUGUGGUUUCAGGCACAGGGAAGUGCUGGUGAUGGGGCGGGGGGAGCCCCCAGCCAGGCUUCCUGAGCUGCACAGCCACCACUUCCCAGAUAAAGGUAUCGCCUGGAGGAGCCGCAGCAGCUCCCGGGACACUGGGAAGGGACGAGUGCGGCACGUGUGGCUCCGGCACACAGGCUGCAGGAUGGCAGCCUGCCUGUGCCAGGGCUGGCAGCUCUCACUGCUCCCUGCCAUCCUGCUCAGCCUCCGCAGCCCACCGUCAGCCCCUGAGCCAGUGACAUCCCAAGAUGCUGCACUGCUAGCAGCUGUGUCCGAGGACAUCCUCUGUUUCUCCCGCUCCUUCGAGGACCUCACCUGCUUCUGGGACGAGGAGGAGACAACAACUGGGAUGUGCCACUUCUACUACUGGUACAGCAGUGAUGCGCCCACAGCGUGCGUGCUCUCCACAUGGCACCGUGGGGCUGGCGGGAAGCGACACGUCUGCGUCUUCCCCAGCCAGGACGUGCGGCUCUUCACCCAGCUCCACCUCCACGUCCUGGAUGCCACCACAAACCGCACCAAGUAUCGGCGGGAGCUCAACGUGGAGGCAGUGGGUCUCAUUGCUCCCCCAGACAACAUCACGGCCCGCUGGGCUGGGGCUGUGGGGCAGCUCUGCGUGUCGUGGCAGCCACCACUCGCUGACUUCCCGAACUUCUUCCUCUACGAGGUGCAGUGGUGCCCUGCCAGCUCCACAGGGAUGCCCUGCAACACCACACUGAACCCCAGUGAGCAGCACCCUGGGGACCCCUCCACUCAGUCAACUGUCAGCACCCACACACCCAGGGCAGCCUCCCCGGCACUGGGGCAGAGGCUGGUCCAGGCCAACACCUGGGUGGUGCUGCGGGACCUGCAGCCAGGGGUGAGGUACCACAUCCAGGUGCGCAGCAAGCCCGACGGUACCUCCAUGGAUGGCGUCUGGGGGCCCUGGUCACAGGCAGUGGCUGCUGAGACACCCCACUCCUCUGGUGAGCAGCCAUCCCCUCCGCAGGGGUGCUGGCAGGACAGCAGGGAGGCACCCACACCAGGGACUGCAGGGGGUGGGGGUCCUGUUGUAGGCAAGGUGCAACUCCCAAGUUUUGGGGGGCCAAGGGGAAGCAGCCCCCUGCCUGCCCUGGCUCUCCCCUGCCCAGGAGACAUCGGGCUGUGCUGCAGCACCCCUGACCUGCAGCACGUGCGCUGCGAGUGGAGCUGGGACCCUGCAGAGCCCCACAGCUCCCACCAGCUCUUCUACCGGCCACCUCCAAGCAGGGCUGGCACAAGGGAAGAUGCAUGGCAUCAGUGCGAGGAGGUGAGCAGGGGGGCACAGGGCACUCAUGCCUGCACCUUCCAGCCCAAGGCUGGCAGUGCCAUCUCCGUCUUGGUGAAUGUCACCCGGACCCACUUGCUGCCCCCACUCAGCUACUUCAAGGAACCCUUUUGGCUGCACCAGGCUGUGCUCACAGAUGCCCCGCAGCUUGUGCAGGCAACAGUGUCGCAGGGCCGGCUGAGCCUGCAGUGGCUGCCGCCCCUGGAGCUGCUGGCAGAGCAGCUGCACUACCAGGUCCGCUAUGCCACGGAGAACAGCCAUGACUGGAAGGUCCUGCAGGUUCCACGAGCAGCUAGGAAAGAAGUCCUGGACCUGCGGCCGGGGUCCCGCUACCACGCCCAGGUGCGGGCCCAGCCCAGCGGGCCGUGGUACCAGGGCAGCUGGAGCGCCUGGUCCAAAGCUGCUGUGGUUGAUGCCGUGGCUGAUGCGGGCUGGCUCAUCCCCAGCGUCACGGUGGUGCCGCUGCUCUUCUCAGCAGUGCUCCUGGGGCUGCGGUGCACCUUCCCCUCCCUCUACAGCAACGUGAAGCAGAAACUCUGGCCGCCCGUCCCUGACCUGCACCGUGCUCUGGGCAGCUUCCUCCAGGAAAGCAGCAAGCACGGCCAGGCCAGCGCCUUCGACAAGCAGCCGCCGGAGGAGGCCGUCCUGCCCUGCCUGCUGGAGGUGCUGCCCGGCCCGCGGCGCGAGGCGGGCCCGCCGCCGGAGCACGCUGGGGGCCGCCUGUCCAGCACCGACAUCGCCAACCAGUCCUACCUGCUCAUGAGCGGCUGGGAGCCGCGGGCAGCCCCCGGCGCCCCGGGGGCCCCGGGGCCCCCCCCGGCCCCCCCACCCCGCCAUAAACUCUGCUCCCUGCCCAGCACCGCCUGCUCCCUCCUUCGCCGCCCCGCCCCGGGGGAACGCCCCGCCCCCGGGCCCGCCCCUUACCCUGCACGCGCGGAGCGCCCCGCCCCUCCCCGCGGCUCAGCCAAUCGCGUUGCGUCGCGCGGCCGUCGCCUGGCAGCGCGCGGCCGUUGGGUUUGA